UUACUAAUGUGACGUUUUACUUGUUUAUUGGUUCUUCUUGAAAAUUAACAGAAAAAACGUCCAGUAGUAAAACGUUGAGUAUUCUGUUCUGUUUCAUCUAUGUAACCUUUCGCGCCUCUUUUCUAAUUUGUAAAAACAAAAUAUUCUGAAAUAUUGUUGUUGUAAGAUAUUUUAAAUAACUUCAAAAUGCCUCGUGAAAUGAUAACUCUUCAACUUGGGCAAUGUGGUAAUCAAAUUGGUUUUGAAUUUUGGAAGAAACUUUGUGCUGAGCACGGUAUUAAUCCUGAUGGAGUUUUGGAAGACUUUGCUACUGAAGGAACAGACCGGAAAGAUGUAUUCUUUUAUCAGGCAGACGAUGAACAUUACAUUCCGAGAGCAGUGCUCCUGGAUUUGGAACCUCGAGUGAUACACACAAUAAUGAAUUCACCUUAUGCUAAGCUGUAUAAUCCUGAAAAUAUUUAUUUAUCAGAAGCUGGAGGAGGAGCUGGAAACAAUUGGGCUGUUGGAUACACCCAAGGUGAAAAACUAUACGAGGAGAUUUUUGAUAUAAUUGAUCGUGAGGCAGAUGGGAGCGAUAGUUUGGAGGGAUUCAUUUUAUGCCAUUCAAUAGCUGGUGGAACUGGAUCUGGAAUGGGCUCCUACAUGUUAGAAAGAAUAAAUGACAGAUUUCCAAAAAAGUUAAUUGAAACUUACUCAGUCUUUCCAAAUCAAGAUGAAAUAAGUGACGUCGUUGUUCAACCUUAUAACUCUUUACUGACAUUAAAGAGAUUGACACAGAAUGCAGAUUGUGUUGUGGUGUUAGAUAAUACAGCCUUAAAUCGAAUUGCUGUGGAUAGACUUCAUAUUACUAAUCCAAGUUUCGGUCAGAUAAAUUCUUUGGUUUCUACAAUCAUGUCAGUCAGCACUGCCACUUUGCGCUAUCCUAGCUACAUGAAUAACGAUCUAAUAGGCUUACUCGCUCCUUUAAUUCCGAUGCCUCGCUUACAUUUCUUGAUGACUGGAUAUACUCCUCUCACUACAGAUCAAGAGGUUGCAAGUGUGAGAAAAACCACAGUUUUGGAUGUGAUGCGACGGUUGUUGCAGCCGAAAAAUAUGAUGGUUUCUACCGCUUAUGAUCGAAACUCUAGUCAUUGUUAUAUAAGCAUUUUGAAUAUCAUUCAAGGGGAAGUAGAUCCAACACAGGUUCACAAAAGUCUUAUGAGAAUUAGAGAAAGGAAACUUGCACAGUUUAUUCCUUGGGGUCCUGCUAGUAUACAAGUAGCUCUUUCACGCAAAUCGCCUUACAUACCUACAGCACAUCGCGUCAGUGGGCUAAUGUUGGCUAAUCACACUAGCAUUUCAUCAUUAUUUGAAAGGACUCUGAAACAAUAUGACAAACUGCGAAAAAGGGAGGCUUUCCUCGACCAAUUCAGAAAGGAGGCGAUGUUUCAGGAUAAUUUAGAUGAGUUGGAUGACUCAAGAGAAACAGUUCAGCAGCUCAUCAAUGAAUAUGUUGCUGCCACAAAGAAAGAUUAUCUCACUUGGGGGAUGGAACAGACUGAAAGGGAAACUCCAUAAUUUGUUUCUAAGAUGAAGACAAAAGUUCUAUUGCAGUAGAGAAUUUUUUGCUGAAAUUUAUAAGCCAUGCAGUGAGACAUAAAAUCUACAUCUUUGCAUUUAUGAAACGUUAUUUUUCGUGUAAAAUAACCUGAAACAGUAUUUAAAAUGCACUCUUUAUUAUAUAUUACACAAUAUACUUUUUGCAUACCUGCCAAGUCUUCCAUUUUUUAACGAAGACUCGUGUAUUUUAUUACUAUUUCCUGUUCACCCCUAUAUUCUCUAACUUCUCUGUAUUUGUUGAAGAAAUAAAAAUAAAAUAAAAAUUUUUGCCAAUAGAAUAUCUACUGAUGUCAAAAACACUCUUCUUAUUCCUCAACAGAUGGUGCUAUUUCCAGUACUGCAGUAUGUUGAGUGUUAAUAGUUUAAGUGAUUAUAAAUAAUGGUUUAAAAAAUCUUCUUUGGAUUAGGAUUUAUAUACGUAUGUUUUACUUUGCUAAAUGUAAGUGCUUUAAUUUAUUUUCAAUUUCUCUUUUUGAUUCACAUAAUUUUGUGUGACGUAUCAAAAUUUUACUCGUAGUCUAAAAAAUGGCGCUAGUAAAAUCUCCAUAAUUAUAUUUCUCCUAUGUUGGCAGGUAUGUUUUUGUCUAAGUACAUAAUUUAAAAAGUUUUAUGUGCUAAAAUAAUUGCAUAUUUUGUGUAGAAAAGUUAUUUGGAAUAAAUAUAAAAGUUACUGUGCUGUGGUUGUAACCCAUAAGUAAGUAAAUAUUUUUGAUUCGAUAAGUUAAUUUAAAAGUUUAGUAUUAUUUAGGAUUGUAUAAUAUUUGUGAAAAUUGUAAAUGCAUAUCUCAUUAAGAAGUCCCAGAAUAGAGGGUGCGUAGUGU